GCUGAGAUUGCCCUCGCAGCAAUGGACUUGGAUAAACCCUCCGUAUGGGGAUCCCUGAAGCAGAAAACUAGACCCUUCCUGCAGAACCUAAGCGUGAAGAAGACAAAGAGGAGGUCUAGCAAAAUGGUGGAGAGGAAGGUCCACUUCUUGGACCGCCGCCUCAGCUUGUCAGUGCCAGACAUGCUGGAGGUGGAGACUCAUAUGGAAGAAGAAACGACCACCUCAAGUACUCGAGUGUUGUCGAGCUGCUCCCCCAAGAGCUUCUCCAGGUCCUUGAAAAGCAGAAGUGCUUCAGUCAGGCCAGCAGGAGAGGACUGGCCAUGGCCAUCGCAGCAGGUGACACACACGGAGGUGACAGUCCCCAGCCAAGACACACAAGUCAUGGGCAACACAAUGUCUGAGGGAAAGAGGAGAUCCAAUGAUGACCUCUUUGAGCUGCUGCAGAGCGCCCGGCUGAGCACCACCACUCUGACAGAUGAGGAGGCAGAGUACCCAUGUGGAGAAAUCGAUCUGGACUCUGCCAUAGCAUCUCAGAUUUUUGAUGAUCAAAUGGCUCUAGAGGAAGCAAAUGAUUGCUUGAGUGAUCUGCCCAGCCCCUUUGCCUACCUGCUGACCAUCCACCUGAAGGAAGGCCGGAACCUGGUUAUCAGAGAUCGCUGUGGUACAAGUGACCCAUAUGUGAAGUUUAAGCUGAAUGGGAAAACUUUAUACAAAAGUAAAGUAGUCUACAAGAACCUCAACCCAGUUUGGGAUGAGACCGUUGUGCUGCCUGUACAGACCCUUGAUCAAAAGCUUUGGAUCAAGGUGUACGAUCGAGAUUUAACCUCUUCAGACUUCAUGGGCUCGGCAUUUGUAGUGCUUGCUGAACUUGAGCUUAAUAGAACUACUGAACAGGUUUUAAAACUGGAAGAUCCCAACAGUUUGGAAGAUGACAUGGGAGUAAUUGUAUUAAAUUUGAGUCUGGCAGUCAAGCAAGGAGACUUCAAGAGAAAUAGAUGGUCAAGUCGGAAGAAGCGAACUUCAUCCAAGUCGAGUUUCAUGCGGAGCACGCGGCUCUCCGACUCGUUGCGCAAGAACCAGUUGUGGAAUGGGCUGGUCACCAUCACACUUCUGGAGGGCAAGAACAUCCCUGGAGGAAAUUGGGCAGAGAUUUUUAUUCUCCUCAAACUGGGAGAUCAAAGAUACAGGAGUAAGACACUGUGUAAGAGUGCAAAUCCUCAGUGGAGGGAACAGUUUGAUUUUCACUACUUCUCUGACAGGAAGGAUAUGUUGGACAUUGAGGUGUGGAGAAAGGAUAACAAAAAACACGAGGAGCUUUUGGGAACGUGCCAAGUUGACAUUACUGCCUUGCCAACGAAGCAGACCCAUUGCUUAGAGCUGCCUCUGGAAAAACAUCCAGGAUCCCUGCUCAUGCUGGUUGCUGUUGCCCCAUGUACAGGAGUGUCUAUCUCUGAUCUGUGUGUUUGCCCUUUGGGAGACCCCAGUGAGCGGCAACAGAUUUCACAGCGCUAUUGUCUGAAGAACUCCUUUCAGGACAUAAAGGACAUUGGCUUCUUACAAGUCAAAGUUUUAAAGGCAGUGGACCUGCUGGCAGCAGAUUUUGCAGGUAAAAGUGAUCCUUUCUGUGUGUUAGAGCUGGGAAACGACAGCCUUCAAACGCACACCGUUUACAAGAACCUCAAUCCAGAGUGGAACAAAGUUUUCACAUUCCCUAUUAAAGACAUCCAUGAUGUUCUGGAAGUGACAGUGUUUGAUGAAGAUGGAGAUAAACCUCCUGAUUUUCUUGGAAAAGUUGCCAUCCCUUUGCUGUCUAUUAGAAAUGGUAAACAAAGUUGCUACACACUGAAGAAUAAAGACUUGGAACGUGCUUCAAAAGGAGUAAUUUACUUGGAGCUGGAUGUCCUAUUUAAUCCUAUAAAAGCAAGCAUUAGAACCUUCAAGCCCCGAGAGAAGCGCUUCACUGAGGACAGCCGCAAAUUUUCCAAGAAGAUCUUAUCAAGAAAUGUUGAUCGUGUGAAAAAAAUCACCAUGGCAAUAUGGAAUACAAUACAAUUCCUUCGGAGCUGCUUUCUCUGGGAGUCCACAGUGAAGAGCAUGAUAGCCUUUGUGGUGUUCGUGGUCACUGUCUGGAGUGUGGAACUGUACAUGGUGCCCCUGGCUCUGCUGGUGCUCUUUGCCUACAACUUCUCUCUUGUCGCCACAGGGAAGGUCAACAGCACCCAAGAUGCCCAGGAGCUCAUGGGCUUGGAUGAAGAUGAGGAUGAUGAUGAUAAGGAAUCUGAGAAAAAGGGGCUAAUUGACAGGAUCCACAUGGUCCAGGAGAUCAUCAUAGCUGUUCAAACCAUCUUAGAAGAAACAGCAUCAUUUGGAGAGAGGAUUAAAAACACACUCAACUGGACGGUGCCUUUCCUCUCUGUCCUGGCCUGCCUGGUCCUGGCAGCAGCAACAGUCAUUUUGUAUUUCAUACCACUGAGGUACAUUGUGUUAAUCUGGGGCAUAAAUAAAUUCACUAAGAAGCUUAGAAAUCCCUAUGCCAUUGACAAUAAUGAGCUACUAGAUUUCCUCUCCAGGGUACCAUCUGAUGUUCAAAAGGUGCAGCAUGCUGAAUUGAAACCAUACAGCAGCUCCAGCCCCAUUAGGAGGAAGCGGAGCACCCUAUAG